UUUGACAGGUCGAAAAGUAAUCAGGUUCAUUUAAGUAGAGCUACAAAUUUUUUCUUGACAACAACAAUACAAUAUGGCGGCUAUGGUCAGAUUGCUGCGGCAGACUGACCAAAUCGUUGAAGAUUCGUACGAAAGGAAAAAUGAGGCUGAACUGCAGAGACAGAGAGAAUAUUUAUCAUCUGUUAAAAUUCAAGCCAAUUUUAGAGGAUCUCAAGUACGAUCAUACUUCACACACUUAAAUAACUGUGCUACAGUAAUACAAAAGAGCUGGAGAGGGUAUGUUGGAAGACAGUCUUUCAGAGUUAUUGUGAAGAACAGUGUAUUGAUUAUGAAACUGAACCAUUUCAAUGCUAUGGCAACUCAGGUACAAAAGAUAUGGAGAGGAUAUUACGUUAGGAAAUAUGUGUAUAACUAUUACAGUCAAAAGAGAUAUCUGGAAGCACUUAUUGUUAAGAAUGCUAUAGUGAGGAGUGAACUAGAAGACUAUACAGAACAGCAAGAAAACUUAAGAAGAAGACAAACAGAACAUGAAGAAAGAAAAUUAAAUGAAUUUUUGGCCCGUAAAAAUCAUCAUCUCAUCAGUACAGAAGUUAUUCCAGGAAUCUAUAAUUCACCAUUCAACCCUUAUCCAUCAGAGCAAGAAUUCUUAUUGAGAAGUGUAGCACCACUUAAACAUGAGAAGACAAAGAAAAUAGGACAUUCAUAUGAUCCUACAUGUAGAAGCUACGAAUGUCCAAAACCUAAAGCAUUGCCACCUAUAGUUGUGAAACCCCAGGGUCCAUUCAGAGAUCCAACAGAAGUACAGAAACAGAGGUACAAAGGAUUCCAGCCAACAUUACGUGUAGCUACAUCAUUUACAUCACUAGAAGAAGCCAGACAAAUCUUGAAAGCAGAGGAAUGGGUCACAAGACUUAAUGAUGAUAUAUUUCAACCGUUUAAAAGAAGAGAUCGUAAAUACGAGCCACUGUUACACUCAACUUCCAAAUUUGGUCAUUUGCCAUUUGGAACAAAAUAUUACAGAGAAGAAUUUCUUGAUAAACAUAUAACACCAAAGCAAAUACCUCUAUUAAAACCAUCUACAAAGCCUUUCAAAACCUUGGUCCCACCCAUCCCUAUGUUUGAUAGAUUGAAUGACACAUACUCACAAGGACAAGUGUGAUAACCAGAAAAAUAGAGAAAAACAGACAAUUUGUGAUAGUUGAUUUAGGAUGGAGACCUAAGGGGAAUACAUCCUUCAUUUUAUAAUGAUAUGUUUGAAUUUUAGAUGUUCAUCUAAUCUAAAACUAUGUUUAUGAACUGUGAUGUUAUAUUGACAUUUAUUUGUACAAGAAUGUUUUAAAAAUCAUGAAUUCUUGUAACAAGUUGUGCAUUGUUUGUUUUUUUUACAGAUGAAAAAAUAAUGAAAAUUUGUUGAAUUACUGAUUUUAUACAAAUUUUUAAAAACGAAUAAAAGUUUCCAGAACUAUUAUAUUAUGUAAGAAAUGACUUCUACUCUUCUCUUUAUUAAAGUUAUGUCCUUUGAUUCAAUUGGUUAUUCAUAUUUUCUUAGUUUUAACUAGCACCAGGUUACGUUUCUGGAUUUCCAGAUUUUGUACCUAUAUAUUCCUGAUCAGUUUUAAAAAUACGAAUAAAAGGUGAAUGGAUCAGAGUAACGAACAGAGACAGAAAAUGUGUUGGAGGAUAUCUUUGUUUACAUAGUUGAGACAUUAAGACUUAAAAAAAAUAUUUUGCUUUGGCUCAAAGAUACAAUUAAAAAUGUUGUUUUAAAUAAAAAUAUUCAAUUUUUUUACCAAAUAUCUUUAGGAAAGGCUUAUAAUUUAUUGUUUUUUCUUGUUGUAUAAGAAAAAAAGCAAUAUUAAAAGAUUUUGGAAAUAUUUUAUUUCUGUUUGCAUAUAUAUAUAUUGUGACAGAGAAAUGUCAUUUUAAAUUUUUUUUUAAAUGAAAACGUAAGAAAGCAAAAGGUGUCUUAGCUAAUAUCUAAUAUCUUUUGUUAUUUAUUGUGCUAUUUUUGCUAUAACAAAAUGUGAUAUUGUGAUAAUUCUGUAUAUUAUUUUAUCUAAUAGAAUCUAAAUUUGUUUGUAAGUACAUAUUGAUAUAAAACAAUACUGUUAUUUA